UGUCAAUCAAAACAAUAAUACAGAUUUUAUUUUUUUCACUUGGGAAUUGCGUAUACUGCCCGCUGAUGCGUAAUAAAAGUAGUGUAGUGGAGGUAUACACCGUAUCACUUAUGUAGUACAAUAGAGAAAUCAUGUUCAAAGCAGCCUACACAAAUGCAAAGCACGUGAGUUCCAUUCAAGUAAAACCGUACACAGCCUAAUUUAGCGGAAUAUCGCCCGUCAGGCAGCAAGAGCGCGCAGCUCUCCACUUGUUGUCGCAUGAGAGCAGCUCACAGAAGAACGACAUCAGUAGCAGACAAUGUUGAGCUCAUGUUGGAUUCAUCAGCCAUUCCUGAAUCAGGCACUGCCAAAGUGAGGUCCAGACCCAUAGUCAAGCACUACAUGUCCUCUGAUGUUGUGCAAGGGUUUGCUGUCCCAACACCCAAAGUUCCUGUCGCCCCCCUUUUCAACAGUCCAAAGAUCAACAGGGCAGUAAAUGGCGAUCGGUUUUCCAAUGGAUCGGCUAUAUCUGUACCUGAUUUGGUGGAAGGGGAGAUAUUUAUUCCACCUCCCCCUACAAUGGCACCCCCACCCCCUCCACCCAUGUUCAUCCCUCCCCCACCAGAUUUCUUGGGUGACUUGGACUCCAUUCAGCCUCCCUCCAUGCCCCCUCCAAAACCACCAUCAGUGGUUCUGUCUAAAGACUACGAGGAUUUCACCUCCCUGAAACCUCCACUAAUGCCCCCCCCGAAGCCCCCGUCAACUUCCUCCAGUGCUUCUAGUUCAUCUUUCUCCAUUUCUACACCAACACCAGUCCCUGAUUUUACUGAGCCCCCAAAGUUCACGCCUCCACAGCCCCCUAUAGACAUGAGGCAAGCUGCUCUGAAAGCCCUGAAGACCCCGCCUCUAAAGCCAACAAGGCUGUCCUCCAUCCACAGCAUGGACGAACCCUCCCAGGUUCCAGCCCAAGCUUCCCCAGUACAGACCCCGACACCCUCCAGCUUCAAGCCCCAGAACACAGCUAAGCUCUACAGUGUUCCUAAGCCUGGCAUUCUAGGCAGGCAGGUGGACCGUGACAAUAGGCCCAAGCAGAUCCUACUCCUCCAGGUCAAUGGGAAAGACCCCUCCUCUGUGGCACCACCAGGUAAGCCAGCCCAGAGAAAUAGCUUGGGUAUGCAGCUGGAGCAAGACCUGCAGGGCUUAAAGGAAAACUUGCAAGCCACCCUUCCAGGCAAACCCACCCCACCCGAGACUUGGGAGGAAGUGGAGCCUUUGCCUUUUUCAGCACCCAAGCUUCAGAAGGUGGUCACUGCCCCUGUAAACACAGAGGCUAGCCAGGUCAAGCAGGAAGCGUCUCCAGGUCAGAACAACAAGUUCAGUCCUAUGCUGGACAGUAAACUACGCACCCUGAAGGCCAGUGAUGUCACUGGGAUGAGGGACGGUCCUGCCGCUUCCCCGCUGGCUCUUCUCAUGGCGGCUAAAGAGCGAGAGAAGGACAGGUCCAGUCUUUCCCUUGAAAACAGCAUGAAGAGUACUGAGCCAUUAGCCAGCAUCCAGCACAGUGAAUUCAAUCCCAAUUCUUUCACCGUCAUCCCUAGGGCCACCUCAUUCACUUCUGUAACUUCACAACAUAAACCACAGUCUGUGGUCCCACUGGAGGCCACAGUGGUAAUCCAGACUCCAGCAAAACCCCAGAUUAUUGAGUCAGUGGUGAAGGGGCCAAUUGCAAAUCCAGUAGUUCAGAGGAAUCGGCCCACCUCUAGAUCCUCAUCCUCCAGCAGUCUAGCCGUGGAGAAGCAAAGUGGAGAGCAGAGGAUUCCUUCACCCUCUAGCCUCGUCAGUGAUGAAGAGAACCUAUGCAUGCAAUUACUCCCUCCCCCUCCCGAAUUCGAUGACCAUGAUGUCGUGGACUCUCCUCCCCGCUCACCUCCACCUGACCCUCCAUUGAAGAUGGUUCUGCCCCCCACUCUCAGCCCUGUCCUUCCAGUCCUGUCCUCACCUCCAAAACCUAAAUCCCCAAGCCCUCCCAAAUUCCCACCUCCUAUCAUGGAGAUCAAACCCAAACUGCCUGUUCAGAUCAAACCCAAGCAGCCUCCCACCCAGGCCCUCUCCUCCCUCUCAGCCAGCCAGGCCACACUCCAGAGCAUCCUGCAGAAGAAGAUGCUAGAGAUGGACUGCAAAAUGGACAACAAAAUGCCGGCCAUGAAGGAAACAGACUCUGAUGACUGGGGGUCUCCCUUGUCUGAUGAGGAGACCAAGUUCCCGGUUGUCCCCAGAGUCACCCCGAAAAACCCUGUUAUCACUGCAAAGAGCAAGAGUGCCACUGUGCCAGCCAAAACACAAGGCCUGGACAUGAAGGAGCUGGAGACAAAAAUGGCCAUGAAAGGUCAGGGUUUGUCAGAGCCAUCAAAAGUUCUCACAAGCAAUGGGCCACGGUCAAAGCAGGCCUAUGGCAUGACCUUCAAGGUACAACCCGGAACCAAACAACCAAUCACUGUUGUCAGCAAAUGAGGAUCCAAGUCAAUUAUACCACACACUACCAUACAGCCCCGUCAAGAGCAAGGACAAUGGAAAGAGGGAUCUUUAAAUACUGCUAAAAUGGAUAUAACCAAUAAACAUGUAUGCCAAGGAUUUUUUCACCAAGCCCCUGGAGAAAAUACUAAAAUGUGCUAAGCAUUUGGCUAGAAAAGGUUUUGCUGUACCACAGCACAUAAACCUUCCCUCCAGAGGUGCUGUGUCAAAUAGCUUCUUGUCUAGGUGCCAAAGUCUAAAGAGUGGGUGGACUGUUGGAACAGCUUUCAACAGUAUCUUUUACUGCUACGGUUUAAUCAGUGCUAGUACACUGCCUUAUUUUUACCUCGGGUAUCGUUCUGAGCUAAUAGAUUCAAAGCCGAUUGUGAGGCUGUUUUUAAAAAUAGGAGCUGUAAUUUGCCAGCCUUAAUAUACACUGAAUAAUGCAUCAUAAGGAUAUUUAUAUAAAUGUCUUGAAGAAUUACUAUAAGGAUGUGUACAGAUUGUUUUUGCUUAUGUUUCCAUUAUGUCACAGUACCUGUACAUACUGUAUAUUUUUAGAGCAUAAAGGGAAUUUAACUAGUCUACUGCAAUACAUUAACACAAAUGUUGUAUAUUGUUCACUAUAUUAUGCUUAACAAGGGUGCAACAACUAUGUAAACUGUUUAUCUUUUGAUCAUCUACUUCAGUCAGGUGAGCAAGAUAAGUUCCAUACAAUAGAGGACUAAAUAGAAGCAAAACAGAUGUCAGCCAUUUACCACAUAAGGACAGGAGAAGUAAUGUGGUCUCCAUGGUCUGUAGAACCCAGUGGCCAGUUUAUUUGGUACACCACCCCAGUCACGAAAAUAGUUAGCACCUACAGACAGUCAAGUGGCUGUGGUUUGUUAUAUAACCGAACAUUAGAAUGCGCAGAAUGAGUGACCUAAGUAACUAUGAGCGAGGUAUGAUUGUCGGUGCCAGGCGCGCCGGCUCUACUAUAUCAGAAACAACCAGCCUCCUGGGCUUUUCAUGCACGACUGUCUAUUGGUUUACAAACAAAAACCGAUCCAGUUAGCGGCAGUCCUGUGGGCGAAAAAACAGGUCGUUGAUGAGAGGUCGGAGGAGAGUGGCAAGAAUGGUGCAAGCUAACAGGCAGGACACAAACAGGCAAAUAACGGCACAGUACAACAGUGGUGUGUAGAACAGCAUCUCAGAACGCACAACUCGUCUGUCCUUACAGCAGCAGACGACCACACCGGGUUCCACUCGUAUCAGCUAAACACAAGCAGGUCCAGUGGGCACGCCAUCAAACACUGGACAAUUGAGUGGAAAAACAUUGCCUGAAAAUUAUAUUUCAGAUGGUGUCAAUUUAAUUUAUUCAUUUUGGAGUAGAACGUUCUUAAAAGUCACCAGAAGUGACCUAAGCAGUUAAUAAAUACAGAGGCAUGCCCCUGCACGCUA